AGAUCGCCUAGCUAGCUACAUAUAUAUGAAUAGUUCUAAUCUAAGAAACCAUAUGCCACAUGCAAUGAACUCUCAAGAUCUUGUUCAUGUCUUACUAGUCUCGUUUCCUAGUCAAGGCCAUGUCACCCCUUUACUCAGACUAGGCAAUCUCCUUGCUUCCACAGGCCUCCUUGUCACCUUCUCAACCACCGAAAAUGCCGGAGACUUCAUGCGAAAAGCUAACAAAAACAUCGAUGAGGCCACUCCAGUUGGUGAUGGCAUGAUCCGGUUCGAGUUCUUUGAUGAUGGACUCAGCGGAGAUAAUGAGGAGCGGAGACGCCUAGAUCUUGAGUACAAAAUUGCUCAGCUUGAGUUGCAUGGAAAAGAAGCAGUUACUAGAUUUGUGGAAAAACAUAACAAAGAAGGCCGCCCUGUGGCGUGCCUUAUCAACAAUCCUUUCAUUCCAUGGGUGACUGAUGUUGCUCAUGCACUCAACAUCCCGAAUGCGGUGCUUUGGGUACAAUCUUGUGCUUCUUUUUCAGCUUAUUAUCAUUAUAAUAACAAAUUGGCCAUAUUUCCCGAUGAAUCUGAUCCGGAGAUUGAUGUCCAAUUGCCAUCCAUGCCUUUGCUGAAACACGACGAGAUCCCUAGCUUCUUGCACCCAAAUGCUCCUUUUUCCUUCUUCGGAAAAGGCAUUUUAGGCCAGUUCAAAAACAUGUCCAAAACAUUUUGUGUACUCGUGGAAACAUUUCAAGAACUCGAAAGUGAAGUCAUUGAUUACAUGUCCAAACUGUGUCCUAUCAAACCUAUCGGUCCAUUAUUCAAGAAUCCCAAAUCUUCGAACUCAAGUAUUCAAGGCGAUUUCGUCGAAGCCGAUGACUGCAUGGAUUUCUUGAACUCCAAGGAACCUGCAACAGUUGUGUACAUAUCAUUCGGCAGCAUUGUUUCUUUAAAUCAGGAACAAACGAAUGAAAUCGCUUACGGGCUUUUGAAUUCGGGUGUUUCAUUUCUGUGGGUACUAAAGCCGCCUACCAUGGGUUCGGCCUCGGCUGUUGUUUUACCCGAAAAUUUUUUAGGAGCUGCGGGUGACAAGGGCAAAGUUGUGCAAUGGUGCGCACAAAAAGAAGUUCUAGAACAUCCAUCCGUGGCCUAUUUUGUAACACAUUGCGGAUGGAACUCGACGUUGGAGGCGAUUAGUAGUGGCGUCCCGGUGGUGACCUUUCCGGCAUGGGGUGAUCAAGUGACGAAUGCGAAGUACUUGGUUGAUGUGUUCGAGAUGGGAGUUAGACUAAGUAGAGGUGAGCAGACCGAAAAGAACGGUGUUUCGAGAGACAAAAUCGAGAAGUGUUUGAGAGAGGCCAUUGGUCCGAAGGCCGCGGAGAUGAAAAAGAAUGCGUUGAAGUGGAAAGAGGCGGCUAAAGAAGCGGUGGCUGAUGGUGGCUCGUCUGAUCGGAAUUUGAAAGAGUUUGUGGAGAAAAUUAGGAAUGUAUCUAAGUUGGGAAGUGCUAGUGUCAAUCUUGUGAAUGGCACAUGCACUUAGUGGGAAGUACUCGACUAUUUUGGAGUAUGUCGGCUAAAGUGUUCAUUCGAACAAGUGUUCUAAAAUUUCGAAAUAAUAAUUCUUGACAAA